UCGGAGGGGGAUGGAGCAACGGCCGGUUUGACUUGGACUCUUUGCAACGGCAACCCACUUCUUCCGACUUAUCGAUUGCAACUCGCGCCUCAAGCCUCGGGCCUUCUUGCUUUGCCGAGUGGGAACUCAACGGCCAACACUCUCGACCUUCCAUCCUGCAGGUGCAUAGCUGCAGUCAGUCCUCGUUGCUUCGCACAACACAACAAACGGCAUCAUUUUCCCUUCGUUGCUCGCCGCCACCCCUGCCCACAAUGUCGACGCGACCGACCCGGCGGGCUGCUGCUAAGCGCAAGCAGAUCAUCGAGUCCGACGACGAGGACGACAUCGCAAAAUCCCCAUCCCCACCACCCGCGGAAGAGGAAGACAGCGAGGAGGAAUUCACACCCGCGCCGGCUAAGAGCUCGCGCAAGUCCACGGGCGGGAGGAGGAAGACCAUUCAGGCCGACACACCCCCAGCAUCCGAGACAGCACCCCGCCGCCGUGGUAGACAGCCGAGGAAGAGCGCCGCCCCAAGCGUCGCACCAGAUACCACCAGUGUCGAGCCGGGCGAGUCCAGCCAGGUCGCCGAUGCAGACCAGACCAUCGCCCCUACAACCUCAGCGCCGCGCAGACGAGGUCGUCCUAAGAAGCAGGCCAUCAAGCAGGAGAGCGUUGAGCCCGAGGCAAGCAUUCAACCAAGCAUCGAGCCCGCCAACGAGCCGGACGAGAACGUGGAGCCUGUCCCCGAGAAUGCCGAGCCUGACCAGACCACCAUGGAGGUCGAGCCGGAGGAGACGCCCGUCAAGAAGCCUGGGCGGAAACGAAAGAGUGUUGCGCCGCCAGCCUCGUCGUCAAAGGAGGCCCCGGCGCCUGAUGCACAACAGCCUCCGACCCCCGCUACCCCCAGGCUGUCCAAGCCAUCCGCAACUCCAGACCCGGACAGGUUCCAGACGCCGCUGUCAGACAUCACUAAUACUGCUGGCAACGACCAACGGCGGGCCAUCGAGGACACCCUGCUCAAUACCAGCGUCAAGCCCAUCAAGCCACUAGACACGGUCAUGGAGAAGCCAAUGGAUAUCGUCAUGAAGUCCCGGACCAUGGUCUUGCCCCCGGUCGAGGACACGACGCCUAAACCUCGCCUGGUCAUUACAUACCUCAUCCUCACCAACUUCAAGAGUUACUCUGGGCGUCAGGAGGUCGGCCCAUUCCACGCGUCCUUCUCAUCUGUCGUCGGCCCCAACGGCUCCGGAAAGUCCAACGUCAUCGACUCGUUGCUGUUCGUCUUCGGCUUCCGUGCCAGCAAGAUGCGACAGGGGAAACUGUCGGCCUUGAUCCACAACUCCGCUGAUCACCCGAACCUGGACUUUUGCGAGGUUGCGGUGCACUUCCAAGAGGUCAUGGAUCAGCCUGGUGGCGGCCACGAAGUAAUACCCGACUCCGAUCUUGUCAUUUCCCGCAAGGCCUUCAAGAACAACUCCAGCAGUUACUACAUUAAUGGCAAGACCUCCACAUACACGAUAGUCACCACACUGCUGCGGGACCGUGGGGUCGAUCUCGACCACAAGAGAUUCUUGAUUCUCCAAGGUGAGGUCGAAUCGAUCGCGCAAAUGAAGCCAAAAGCCGCAAAUGAGCACGACGACGGCUUGCUGGAGUAUCUUGAGGAUAUCAUUGGUACAUCGAAAUACAAGACCCCAAUCGAGGAAUCCGCUACAGAAGUUGAGACGCUCAACGAGAUAUGUAUGGAGAAGAGUGGCCGUGUUCAGCACGUCGAAAAGGAAAAGAACAGCCUCGAGGACAAGAAGAACAAGGCUCUGGCAUACCUCCGUGACGAAAACGAUCUGGCCAGGAAACAAUCCGCUCUGUAUCAAAUAUACAUCGACGAGUGCAACGAUAAUCUUAUUGUUACAGAGGAGGCCAUCACCCAGAUGCAGGCACAGCUUGAUGAGGAGCUGGAGAAGCACCACGGCAGCGAGGCCAUCAUCAAGGAGCUGCAAAAGAAGUACUCCAAAGGCAACAAACAGUAUGAGGCUCAAGACAAGGAUACCCAGGCACUCGUCAAAGAGAUGGCACAGUUCGACCAGGAGCGCGUCAAGUUUGACGAGAAGCGCAAGUUCUUGGCCGAUAAGAAGAAGAAGCUCGAGAAGACGAUCACCAAUGCCGAGAAGAACACUACCGAGGCAGAGGAGACGAUCGAGCAGUGCGGCGAGGACAUCGAGACCCGUGGACAAGAGAUCAUCGAUCUCGAGGAGCAGGUCAAAGAAGCAGAGUCCGAGCUGGCGGUCAUCAGGGAGAACCUGAAGGGCAAGACACAGGAGUUCUCGGACCAAAUCGCUGCCAAGCAAAAGUCACUGGAGCCGUGGCAAGAGAAGAUCAACGUGAAGCAGUCUGCUAUUGCUGUGGCCGAGAGUGAGCUGAACAUCCUCAGGGAAAAGGCGAAUGCGGGUGCAGUCGCCCUCAAGGACAUGGAGAACAAGAUUGCUUCCACCGAGGCGCGCCGGAAAGAGAAGGAGCAGGAGCUCAAGUCCUGCCAGGAAGAAAAGAAGGAACUCGAAGCCGAAGCCCAAGAGGUCGAGGCCGAGAUCCAGGAGCUAGCUGGACAGGAGCCAAAGAUUCGGUCCAAGGUUUCCAACUCGCGGCAGAAGGCAGAUGAGGCCCGUUCGAGUCUGUCAGCGACACAGACUCAGGGCAAUGUGCUCACUGCCCUGAUGCGGAUGAAGGAGUCGGGCCGUAUUGAUGGCUUCCACGGACGUCUUGGAAACUUGGGAGCAAUCGACCAGAAGUACGAUGUGGCGAUCUCAACAGCAUGCGGUGCACUCGACAACUUUGUCACCGAUACUGUGGAAGCCGGCCAGCAAUGCAUUGAGUACCUGCGCAAGACGAACAUGGGCCGUGGAAACUUCAUUUGUCUGGACAAGCUGAGAUCCCGGGAUCUCUCACCGAUUCAGACACCAGAGGAUGCUCCUCGGCUGUUCGAUCUCGUCCAGGCCAAGGAAGAAAAGUUCCGGGCAGCAUUCUAUCAUGCUCUCCAAGACACCCUGGUCGCCACGGAUCUCGCCCAGGCAAAUCGCAUCGCUUACGGUGCCAGGAGAUGGCGAGUGGUGACUCUUGAUGGCGAACUGAUCGACAAGUCGGGAACAAUGUCUGGUGGUGGUAACAGCAAGAAGAAGGGCUUGAUGUCAUCCAAGUUGGUUGCCGACACAACUAAGGAGCAGGUCCUGAAGCUCGAGAGCGACCGAGAUGCACUCGAGCAGAAGUUCCAAGAGUUCCUCGAGUAUCAGCGGGAGUGCGAAACUCGCCUACGCGAUCUUAAGAACCGAAUCCCUCAGCUUGAGACCAAGAUGCAGAAGAUCAGCCUCGAGAUCGAGAGUGCCACAAAAAACCUGGCUGAUGCCCAACGCCGCAUCAAGGAACUUGCCAAGGAGCACCAGCCUUCGAAGUCCGACGACAGCCGCAUCACGGCUUUGGAGAAGGAGGUUAAGAGCCUUCAAAAAGAGGUCGAGAAGCUGCGUGGCGAGACUUCCACAGUCGAGGAAGAGAUCAAGGCGCUCCAAGACAAGAUCAUGCAAGUUGGUGGUGACAAGCUGCGCACCCAGAGGGCCAAGGUCGACGGCCUCAAGAAAGAGAUCGCCUCCCACAAUGAAGAGACCUCGAAAGCCGAGGUCAAGAAGGCCAAGGCUGAGAAGCAGAAGACCAAGCUCGCAAAGGAUCAUGCAAAGGCGACCAAGGAGCUGGACGUCGCCAUCCGAGACCUUGAGAAGCUCGAAGAAGAGAUCUCGAACCAAGGUGACAAGGCCGAGGACUUCAAGGCUCGCGUUGAGGAAGCUCAGGAGGGUCUCGCCGUCAAGAAGCAAGAGCUCGCCGAGUUGAAGUCAGAGCUGGACGAGAAGACGGCAGAGCUCAACGCCACCCGUGCCAGCGAGAUCGAGAUGCGCAACAAGCUGGAGGAGAACCAAAAAGCACUCGUCGAGAACCAGAGAAAGGUCAAAUACUGGGAAGACAAGCACUCCAAGCUGAGACUUCAGGACAUCCAGGACCUCGAGACGGCCGCAGCUCCCAAGGCUGCUGCCGCCGCCGCCGCGAACGGUUCCGCCGAGAAUACCCAAGAAGGCGGAAACACGGGCGAGGGAGCCGCGGACUCGGACGUUGAGAUGACCGAUGCUGGUGAUGAAGAAGAGGUCGACGGCGAGGCCGAAGCUGCCGAGGAAGAGGUGGACACCACCAUUGUCCGUGACCGGAAGACCCAGAAGACCCUGCCGCGGUACAGCAAGGACGAGCUCGAGGACAUGAACAAGGAGACGCUCAAGGGAGAGAUCGCCGCCCUCGAGGAGAAGACCCAAAACGUCAACGUCGACCUGGGCGUCCUCGCCGAGUACCGCCGCCGCGUGGAGGAGCACGCCGCCAGGUCGUCGGACCUCCAGACGGCGGUGACGCAGCGCGACGCCGCCAAGAAGCGGUGCGACGAGCUCCGGCGGCUGCGGCUCGAGGGCUUCAUGGAGGGCUUCAGCAUGAUCUCGCUGCGGCUCAAGGAGAUGUACCAGAUGAUCACGAUGGGCGGCAACGCCGAGCUCGAGCUCGUCGACUCGCUCGACCCCUUCUCCGAGGGGAUCCUCUUCAGCGUGAUGCCGCCCAAGAAGUCGUGGAAGAACAUCAGCAACCUGUCCGGCGGCGAGAAGACGCUCAGCAGCCUGGCGCUCGUCUUUGCCCUGCACCACUACAAGCCGACGCCGCUGUACGUCAUGGACGAGAUCGACGCCGCGCUGGAUUUCAGAAACGUCUCCAUCGUCGCCAACUACAUCAAGGAGCGCACCAAGAACGCGCAGUUCAUCGUCAUCUCGCUCCGGAACAACAUGUUCGAGCUCGCGGCGCGCCUCGUCGGCGUGUACAAGGUCAACCACAUGACCAAGAGCGUGUCGAUCGAGAACAGGGACUACAUCCAGGGCAGGCAGCCGCGGCCGCAGCAGGUGCAGCAGCUCGGCGGCGGCGCCAACACGCAGACUGUCAACUUUACGCUCAGCCAGCCUUGGAGGUAGGUUGGUGAUGCAUGCCGUUUUGUUUUGAUGGACGGACGGGUGGGGGCUUGGAUUGAUGGCCUUGGAUAGAAAGGGGAGUCAGUCUUGUGUGUGUCUGGUAACUGGCUGGCUGUCUGGCUGGCUGUGAUGAACGAUUUUUUAUGUACGGGGUUUGCAUGUUCUUUGCUGUGCUGUACCUACGUCUGACACUGUUUGUGGGGCGGAUGCUCGGUUGCUUGGUCUGGUUGGUUCUGUCUGGGUUGGGCAUGAAUGGGUUGGCUUGUUAUUGAUAAUGACCGCACGGAAUGAUAAACUGUGUCCAACG